UGAAGUAUCUGGAAAAAUAACCUAUUUAUUUUAAAAUAAUUAUUAUUAAAUGAAACAAGACCUAAAAACUCAAUUAUUUAUAAAGUAAAAUGCAUACUGCCAGUCGUUUGGCUAGGAGCUCAUUGUUUCAGAAUGUUAAACUUAAAAAUUUGUCUGUAAGGUUAUCUCGCAAUAUUACGAAAGUUGCAUCACAUAUUAAACCGGUGGAACUAGAAGAGAGGGUAUUAAGGUCCGGUCAUGGGCUUUACGGUGUACGAUACAGCCGCAGCUGCUGCUAUAGCGAUAUUUACUCCCCUACAUCGCGACAGGUAGCGAGUACGAGGUUUUACUCAACAGGGAAUAAGAAUGAUCCCCCUGAGGGCGAUCCAGAGUCCAAAGAUGAGACGCCGCUGUUCUCAAGCCAGCUCCCGGCUACUGUCGCCGUGCCUGAAGUCUGGCCUCAAGUUCCUGUUAUUGCAAUCAACAGGAACCCAGUGUUUCCAAGAUUUAUCAAAUUAAUUGAGAUAUCAAAUCCAGCUCUAAUUGACUUAAUAAGACGUAAAGUGAAAUUAAACCAACCAUAUGUUGGUAUAUUUUUACGUAAGAAAGAAGAUGACAAGAAUGAUGUGGUGUCCAGUUUGGAUGACCUGCAUGAUGUCGGUGUAUUUGCACAAAUACAUGAGAUGCAGGACAUGGAUUAUAAGUUGAGGCUGGUCGUGAUGGCCCACCGAAGGAUCAAGAUCACUGGGCAGUUUGUUGAGGAAGAGAUAGACACUGGUCCAGCAGAAAUGAAGCUGAAGUUUCCACUAUUUAACGUGGAGUUUGACGUUACACGCGAAGAGACAGAUGCUGAACGACGGCGGCGGAAGUACCGUAACUCGCGGAAGAAGCUGGAACCAGAGGCCGAAGGUACGAAGGAGGCGCCUAAGAAACCUCCCCCAGACCAGGUCAUGAUGGUGAAAGUGGAGAACUUGAUGCACCAGAAAUUCCAACAGACUGAAGAGGUGAAGGCGUUGACACAAGAAGUCAUCAAGACCAUACGGGAUAUUAUCAAUUUGAAUCCUUUAUAUAGGGAGUCUCUUCAUCAUAUGCUGGCUCAAGGGCAGCGUGUGGUCGACAACCCCGUUUAUCUGAGUGACCUGGGAGCGGCACUUACUGGUGCCGAUACUGCUGAACUUCAAGCCAUACUUGAAGAAAUGGAUAUACCCAAAAGACUGAUGAUGUCACUCUCUCUGCUAAAGAAAGAGUAUGAACUGUCAAAGUUACAACAGAAGAUUGGCAAGGAAGUGGAGGAGAAAGUGAAGCAGCAACAUCGGAAAUAUAUACUACAUGAACAGCUCAAGGUAAUAAAGAAGGAGCUAGGGUUAGAAAAGGAUGACAAGGACGCCAUCGGUGACAAGUUCCGGGAGCGGCUCGCAGACAAGACGGUUCCGCAGGCCGUGCAGACCGUCAUCGAUGAGGAGCUGAACAAAAUGAACUUCUUGGAGAGUCAUAGCUCAGAGUUCAAUGUCACACGCUGUUACCUUGAUUGGCUGACAUCACUACCCUGGGGCAUCACCUCCGAAGAGAACCUGAAGUUAGAAGAUGCCCAGGUGAUCCUCGAUGAGGACCACUAUGGUAUGGAAGACAUCAAGAAGCGGAUUCUUGAGUUCAUAGCCGUAUCGCAGCUCAAGGGUAGCACCCAGGGCAAGAUUCUGUGCUUCCAUGGUCCUCGAGUCGGCAAGACUAGUAUAGCUCGGUCGAUCGCACGCGCCCUCAACCGGCAGUACUUCCGGUUCUCUGUGGGCGGCAUGACGGACGUGGCCGAGAUCAAGGGCCACCGCCGCACCUACGUGGGCGCCAUGCCCGGCAAGCUGGUCCAGUGCCUCAAGAAGACCGCCACGGAAAACCCCCUCGUACUCAUCGACGAGGUCGACAAGAUUGGCAAGGGCGUCCACGGCGACCCGUCAUCUGCAUUACUGGAGCUCCUCGACCCUGAACAGAACGCCAACUUCCUGGACCACUACCUGGACGUGCCCAUCGACUUGUCCAAGGUGCUGUUCAUCUGUACGGCGAACGUCAUCGACCACAUACCGGAACCGCUCCGGGACAGGAUGGAGCUGAUCGAUAUGUCCGGUUACGUUGCCGAGGAGAAGCUGGCGAUAGCUCAGCAGUACCUGGUGCCCACCGCGAGGACCAACUGUGGCCUCACCGCCGAACAGUUGGAUCUCACGCCGGAAUCGUUGCAUUCCCUCAUACGAUCCUACUGCCGGGAGUCGGGUGUCAGGAAUUUACAGAAGCAUAUAGAGAAGAUAGCGCGGAAAGUGGCGUACAAGAUAGUGAAGAAGGAAACGGAGCAGUUGACUGUGACGGAGGAGAACCUCAGCGAGCUGGUGGGGAAGCCGACGUUCAAACACGACCGCAUGUACGACGUCACCCCGCCCGGUGUCGUCAUGGGGCUCGCCUGGACCGCCAUGGGUGGCAGCACGCUGUACAUCGAGACGGCCCUACGGAACACGCAGCGUGAUGAUAAAUCGCCGAUGGGUUCCCUGGAGCUGACCGGCCACCUCGGGGACGUGAUGAAGGAGUCCGCCAGGAUAGCACUCACUGUCGCCAGGAACUACCUCGCUAAAUACUACUCCGACAAUGACUUCCUCAACACCAGCCACUUGCACCUGCACGUGCCGGAGGGGGCGACCCCCAAGGACGGCCCGUCCGCGGGCGCCACCAUCGCGACCGCGCUGCUGUCGCUGGCGCUGGACAGGCCGCCGCGGCCAGACCUCGCCAUGACAGGGGAACUAUCUCUCACCGGCCGGGUGUUACCCGUCGGCGGCAUCAAGGAGAAGAUUAUAGCGGCAAAACGAGUAGGCGUGAACUGCGUGAUACUGCCAGAAGAAAACCGGCGCGACUUCGACGAUCUGCCCACGUUUAUAAAGGACAAUAUAGAUAUACAUUUUGUGAAUGCUUACGACGAUGUGUUCAAAAUCGCCUUCGAUCGACAGAAAAUGUUGGAAGAAACCUGGCGUCGCAUGGAAUAAAGAGAUUUGUACGUUCAAUACACAAGAG